AAAAUAAAGUCAGUGAAAUGACUUUACAUUCAUUCAAGUAGUAUAAACAGAAGCUUCUGAUAAGGAAAAAAUCACAGAAAACAACAACGUACAAGGGAAAAGUAAUCACAGGUUAAGAGACCAAAUGUAACGAGAGAGAAAGAACAGAGAGCAGAGAAGUGUCAGAUAGUAAAAACUAUUACAAUUGAAGCACACCAAUCAAAAGAAAACAUAUAUAUAUAUAUAUUUAAUAGAUAUUUCUUAAUCAAGAUUUAUAAUCAGGAAGUAUUUUAUAGUUAACAAGAUGAGCAGUGAAGGUCAGAUUGCAAGUAUUAUAAAUGAUAUUUUAAAAGUAGAAGCAAUAGAGGAGGCAUUCAGCUGUGUCCUAGCUCAUCAUCCCAAUAAUAAAAAUGAAAAAAUAACAAUAUGGCAAAAUGAGCUAAAAGCAGCUAUGAAUGGAUUGACGAAGGAACAGCAGGAAGCAGCUGUUCGCCAAUUCUUAUCAAUGGCGGCAGUUAUGACUAACCACAAACGCCUACAAUUAUUGCUGUCGUUGCUAGAGAACUUAGUGCAGACAAAUGUUCUGCCUGCUAGGUUAGUAUGUGAGAAUAUUUUAAGUUGUGAUAAAUUACAAUAUCAAUUGGAAGAUUUUUGGGUUGAAUGCUUUGCUGUCCUUCGACGUAUCAUUGGUGGAGUUGACUACAAAGGAGUUAGAGAAAUCAUGAAAGCAUGCAAAGAAAAGGCCCAAACUAUACCGGCUCGAUUAGACAUGUCGGUACAACCACAAUUAAAAGCUUUAGAGAAUAUUCUCGAGUAUAUUUUCGAUAGAAAUUCGUGUCUACUGCCAAGUUAUUUUAUUGUCAAUGAGAUUCAGAAAGCCUAUCCCGACAACAAAAAUUGGCCUCACUGGAAAUUGGCAAAACUUCUCUCCAGUUUUGUUGAGGGUUUCCGAAACACAGCACAGAUGGUAUCUAUAGUAGGACAUUCAAAGAUGUUACCAGUGGUUGAGCACACAGGAUAUGCUGACCAUUUGAUUAAUCCGUGGUUAUUGGAUCCUACCACGUUGAAGUUUUCGUUGAAAGGAAACUUACCUUACGACCCGGACUUACUUAAGCCUCAAACGGAGUUACUUAGAUAUGUUCUAGAGCAACCAUAUAGUAGGGACAUGGUCUGUUCGAUGCUCGGUCUACAAAAACAGCAUAAGCAGCGAUGCAUCGUUUUGGAGGAACAGCUGGUGGAGCUCGUUAUACUCGCGAUGGAACGAUCCGAAAACGAGACCCUGCCGGCCGAAGGAACGGACGGCACAGUGGCCAAUCACUGGGUGUGGUUGCACUUGUCCUCGCAACUCAUUUACUUCGUUCUCUUUCAAUUCGCAUGCUUCCCGAGCAUCGUCAUGGCGAUACACGAUAAGUUGGCCGGCAGAGAACUGAGGAAGGGUAGGGAUCAUUUGAUGUGGGUCCUCCUGCAAUUCAUCUCCGGCAGCAUACAGCGGAAUCCAUUGUCGAAUUUCUUGCCGGUGCUAAAACUGUACGAUCUCCUCUACCCGGAGAAGGAACCCCUACCUGUCCCGGACUACAGUCAAGCGCUCUGCACUCACCAGAUGGCCAUCACAUGCAUAUGGAUCCACUUGCUGAAGAAAGCUCAGUCAGAACACUCCAACAUUCAUCGGCCCAUACCGCAUACGCUGAAGGUCCAUCACGAAUUCCUGCAGCAUCUGGUUAUGCCGAAUACUUCUCUCUACAUGGGUUCUGAUUAUCGUAUAGCGUUGUUGUGCAACGCUUAUUCGACGAAUCAGGAGUACUUCAGUAGACCGAUGGCUGCCUUGGUGGACACCAUUCUAGGUACGCAAAAGGGCCAACAGCAACAACCCUUGCAAACUUUGCAGAAUAACGCGGCGUUAGCGAACGGCCCGACCACGCCGUUGUCGAUGUCCAUUUUGGACUCGUUGACCGUGCAUUCCAAGAUGAGCUUGAUUCACAGCAUCGUCACGCAUGUGAUAAAGUUAGCUCAGUCCAAAAGUAACAUGGCGUUGGCGCCGGCGUUGGUCGAGACCUACAGCCGACUGCUGGUUUACACGGAAAUCGAAAGUCUCGGUAUUAAAGGAUUCAUCAGUCAGCUGUUGCCGACCGUGUUCAAGUCGCACGCUUGGGGAACGCUGUACACACUGUUGGAGAUGUUCAGCUACAGGAUGCAUCACAUCCAGCCGCACUACAGGGUGCAACUGCUGUCGCAUCUGCACAGUCUCGCGGCGGUACCGCAGACCAAUCAGACGCAGUUGCAUCUGUGUGUCGAGAGCACCGCUCUGCGGCUCAUCACUGGGCUGGGUUCAGCGGAGGUACAACCGCAGCUCUCCCGAUUCCUUUCGGAACCGAAGACACUUGUUUCCGCAGAGUCAGAGGAGCUUAAUCGAACUUUAGUAUUAACGCUGGCCCGAUCCAUGCACGUGACUGGCACAGGCGCCGAGACUCUCAGCGGCACCUGGUGCAAGGAUUUGCUGAACACCAUCAUGCAGAAUACACCGCACUCCUGGGCCUAUCAUACUCUCCAGUGCUUCCCGCCGGUGUUGAGCGAGUUCUUCCAGCAGAACAGUGUGGCGAAGGAAAACAAGCAGCAGAUCAAGAAGGCGGUCGAGGAGGAAUACAGGAACUGGGCUUCGAUGAGCAAUGAGAAUGACAUUAUCGCCCAUUUUUCUGUACCGGGCACGCCUCCGCUGUUCUUGUGUCUGCUGUGGAAAAUGAUCCUCGAGACCGAUCGUAUCAGCCCGAUCGCGUACAAGAUCCUGGAGAGAAUCGGCGCCAGGGCGCUGUCGGCGCAUCUCAGGAAAUUCUGCGACUAUCUUGUGUUCGAGUUCGCCAAUAGUGUGGGCGGUCAACAACAUGUUAACAAGUGUGUGGACACCAUUAACGACAUGAUCUGGAAGUAUAAUAUAGUUAUCAUCGACAGAUUGGUGUUGUGCCUGGCGUUGAGGACGCAGGAGGGUAGCGAGGCGCAGGUGUGCUUCUUUAUUAUACAACUGUUGCUGUUGAAGUCCGCGGAGUUUCGGAAUCGCGUGCAGGAAUUCGUCAAGGAGAACUCACCGGAGCACUGGAAGCAGUCGAACUGGCAUGAGAAGCAUCUCGCCUUUCACAGAAAGUUUCCGGAGAAGUUCGCGCCGGAAGGCAUCAUGGAGCAAACCAGCGGGGGGCCCAGUCAGUACCAAAGUUUACCCGUGUACUUCGGCAACGUCUGCCUACGCUUUUUACCGGUUUUCGACAUAGUGGUGCAUCGUUAUCUGGAGAUACCACCUGUCACCAAGAGUUUGGAGACACUGUUAGAGCACUUGGGCUGCUUGUACAAAUUCCACGAUCGUCCUGUGACAUAUCUUUAUAACACACUGCAUUAUUAUGAGAGGAAAUUGCGAAACCAACCGCCGUUGAAGCGCCGGCUAGUUUCCGCCGUCUUGGGGUCGUUACGGGAGAUUAGAGCGCCAGGAUGGGCUCUUUCUGAGGCUUAUCAAAUGUACAUGACUCGCUCCCUGGACGAAGUGGUCACCUGGAUACCGGAAUUGGACUAUUACAUUCGCCUAGUGCGCAGGAUUGUGGAAACAAUGUCAGGUACGGCUCACUUCCCUGCUACCGACUGGAGAUUUAAUGAAUUUCCAAAUCCAGCGGCACAUGCGUUAUACGUCACCUGCGUGGAACUCAUGGCCGUUCCGGUUGCGCCGAAUUUGGUAGCUAAUUCUUUGCUGGACGUAGUCGCUAAAGGAUACACCGUUGUGCCGUCGGACGAAAUACAUUUGUGGAUAAAUUGCGUCGGCUUAUUACUGGCAGCAUUGCCAGAAUGUUAUUGGUCACCAUUGCAUGACCGUUUGGUGGAAACUAUCAACAGUCCCGGCCUGGUCAAUUGGCAGUACAAUAAUUUGACGCCAUUUCAAAUGUUUAACUUCAACACGACGCACAAUUCCCUGCUAGAAAACAAGUAUAGCUAUAUGCUUGCCUUGGCGCAUUCGGUUUGGCAUCAUGCAGGUGUAGGACAGAUCACAACGAUGCCUCAGUUCAUCAAGGAGAAACUUCAGCCAGUUGUAAAUAGCGAGGAACAAUUAAUAUAUGCUUGUCACUUAAUUGGCCCUACUUUAGCAAGGUUCAAUGCAGAACGGCCGCAAUGUGUGGUCGAACUUGCAGUCUGUCUCUACGAGAUGUUGGAACAAGUUGACCGUGCUCAAACGCAUUUACGUUACAUGGAUCCAGUUUGUGAUUUAUUAUAUCAUAUAAAGUAUAUGUUCGUCGGCGAUAUGAUGAAAAACGAAGUGGAAUGUAUCAUUCGAAGAUUGUCCUUUCCACUACAACGAAGACUGCGUUUCAUCACUCAUCUAAAUUUAGAAGAAAUCCAUACAUCCUGAGAUACAGUUACUUCCGCUACCAUGGAAACUACUUAAGUGCACAUCGUUUCAUUUUAGUUAUAUGGACAUCAAUGCAGAGAAUUUGCAUUGCAGAGAACAGAAUUAUUAGAUAAUAAUUUGACACGAUUCUUAAAAGACUCCUGUUUUGUCGUUUUAUAUUUUAUAUCUGUCUCAAUUUUGAAAACUGUGUCAUUGUGUUUUUGCUUUCUCGUCGUGCUUAUUUUAGAUUGGUGAUUUUGGAAGCGAGAAAAUAUACGCUCAAAAUUUUUGCAAAGUACGUUGAAAUAAAAAGACGCAUUCAUAAAAUGACACUUGCGAUUGACUGAGCGGGUUUGUAAAAUACUUCUCUCUCUCUCUCUCUCUUUCUGAUCAAUACACAGUCGUAAAAUUAACGGGACGAAAUUACAUGAUUGAACAGUAAGCCACAUAUGUCAUCAAUCUAAGAUGAUCCCGACGAUGAAAUAAGAACUUAACAUGGUCUCUAAAUUAAGACAGAUAUAAAAUGCCUGUAAAACUGUAUAUACAUAGUGUGCCACAUUUUAAAUAUAUUUUUUUGUAUUGAAUAUUCUUUGCAAAAGGAGGGUUAUCAAUCAGCAUGUAUAUAUAUGAUGGUUAGGCUGUAAUCAACUUUAUAGUACGCAUUAUACAAUAAGAUUUAUUAUAUAAUAUUAUAUACCAAUUAGACUAUACAAUAAGAUUGUUAUACGGACACUGUUUUUUAUGACCUAAAAUUAUAAUAAAUAAUUAUAUUUAAUAA